CUCCCGGGUUUAUUCCGGGGCAGUUUCUCAGCAACUGUGCCCACCCACCGAGUCCCUUGGGGCCUGGCCCAGCCCAGGAGCUGCCCUGGGUGGGAGGUGGUGUUGGAGGCGGUGGCAUUGACAGAGUGCCUUUGUGAAGGCCAGCCGGUUGGGCGAGGCCCUGGUGCCACCUUCCGUGUGAACCUUGGUGCCUGGGGCUAGGGGAGGGUGGGAAAUAGCCACAGUCCACGCAGGGGCCUGCACUCCCAGGGCCUGACCUGGAGGAAGGGCCUGGAUGUGGGGGCGCUCAGCCCAGCACCGAGGUGUCCGUUUUCCAGUCCCUUCUGGACCAAGUCGUCCUGUCAGGAGAGGCAAGCCCCACGGCCUCCCAGCCUCUUCCUUCUGGCCAGCCCCGCCCAGCAGCUCCUGGGGUUGGCUAAACCCCCUACAAGGGCAUUUGAAGGGAGCCCUCUCCUGCCUAUCCUUGGGGGGGCGGGAGCAGAGGCCUUGGGGCUGGCCCUACCCGGCACAGCCUGGUCCUGUCACCUCGGUGGAAUGUCACCUGUGGAGCAGAGCGGGUUGAGCAAUUGGCUGACCGCUGAGGAGGCACCUCUCUGGAGCCCCCAUCCCGUGCCCACUCACUCCCAGCCCCGGCUUCUGAGGCCCGUUCAGGGAAGGCUGCGGUGAGGACCUUCCUUGGCCAGCGGGGAAGGGCCUGGCUGGCCACCAUGGCGACGCUCUUCCCCCACUCGCAGCGGCGCCCCCCGCUCUUGCGACAGGCCAUCAAGAUAAGGCGCCGCAGGGUCAGAGAUCUGCAGGAUCCCCUGCCCCCGAGGGCUCAGGAGGUUGAGACUCCAUCCCACCACUUCUCCUCUGAAGAGCGGGCCCUGCUCUACGAGGAAGCUCUCUACACUGUCCUGUACCGCCUGGGUCAGCCCGAGCCCAACCAUGUGGGGGAGUCCUCUGAGCUGCUGCGAUACCUGCAGGAGGCCUUCCACAUGGAGCCCGAGGAGCACCUGCAGAUGCUGCAGCAGGUCCAGGAGCUCGAGAAGCCAGUAUUUUGUCUGAAAGCGACGGUGAAACAAGCCAAAGGCAUUCUGGGCAAGGAUGUCAGUGGGUUCAGUGACCCCUACUGCCUGCUGGCCAUCAUCGAGCAGGGGGCAGCCGUGCCAGGGGGCAGCCCCGGGCCCCGGCGUCGGCAGAAGGCCGUGGUGAGACACACCAUCCCGGAGGAGCAGACCCACCGCACCCAAGUCAUAACCCAGACACUCAACCCCGUCUGGGACGAGACCUUCAUCCUAGAGUUUGGGGACAUAAACAACGCCAGCUUCCAUCUGGACAUGUGGGACCUGGACACCGUGGAGUCUGUCAGACAGAAGCUCGGGGAGCUCACGGAUCUGCACGGGCUUCGUAGGAUCUUUAAGGAGGCCCGGAAGGACAAAGGCCAGGACGACUUUCUGGGGAACGUGGUGCUGAGACUGCAGGACCUGCACUGCCGGGAGGACCAGUGGUACCCUCUGGAGCCCUGCACGGAGACCUACCCAGACCGCGGUCAGUGCCACCUCCAGUUCCAGUUCAUUCACAAGCGGAGAGCCACCGUGGCCAGCCGCUCCCAGCCCAGCUACACCGUGCACCUCCACCUGCUGCAGCAGCUCGUGUCCCACGAGGUCACCCAGCACCAGGCAGGCAGUACCUCCUGGGAUGGGUCGCUGAGUGCCCAUGCUGCCACCAUCCUCUUCCUCCACGCCACGCAGAAGGACCUAUCCGACUUCCACCGGUCCCUGGCGCAGUGGCUGGCCUACAGUCGCCUCUACCAGAGCCUGGAGUUCCCCAGCAGCUGCCUCCUGUACCCUAUCACCAGCAUCGAGUACCAGUGGAUCCAGGGCCGGCUCAAGGCAGAGCAGCUGGAGGAGCUGGCCACCUCGUUCAACUCCCUGCUGGCCUACGGCCUCUCCCUCAUCCGGAGGUUCCGGUCUGUCUUCCCCCUCUCCGUCUCCGACUCCCCAGCUCGGCUGCAGUCUCUCCUCAGGGUCCUGGUACAGAUGUGCAAGAUGAAGGCCUUUGGAGAACUGUGCCCCGACAGCACCCCCCUGCCCCAGCUGGUGACCGAGGCACUGCGAACUGGCACCGUUGAAUGGUUCCACCUGAAGCAGCAGCACCAUCAGCCCAUGGUGCAGGGCUUGCUGGAGGCGGCCAAGGCCUUACUGAGCCUGGUACAGGACAUCACUGGCGACCUGCACCAGUGCCAGCGCACAUGGAACAAGAUCUUCCACAACGUCCUCAAGAUCGACCUCUUCUCCGUGGCUUUCCAGGAGCUGCAGUGGCUGGUGGCCAAGCGAGUGCAGGACCACACGGCGGCGAUGGGCGACGCCGUGACCCCGGAGAUUGGCGAGAGUCUGUUCCAGCUCUACGUCAGCCUCAAGGACCUCUGCCGGCUGGGCCCGGUCCCCUCGGAGAGGGAUGGAGUCCUGGCCUUGGACGGCUUCCACCGCUGGUUCCAGCCGGCCAUCCCCUCCUGGCUCCAGAAGACGUACAGUGUGGCCCUGGCGCGUGUGCAGCGUGCUGUGCAGAUGGACAAGCUGGUGCCCCUGGGUGAACUGACCAAGCAUAGCACGUCGGCUGUGGAUCUGUCCACCUGCUUUGCCCAGAUCAGCCACACCGCCCGGCAGCUGGACUGGCCUGACCCGGAGGAGGCCUUCAUGAUCACUGUCAAGUUCGUGGAGGACACCUGCCGUCUGGCCCUCGUGUACUGCAGCCUUAUAAAGGCCCGGGCCCGUGAGCUCUCUGCAGGCCAGAAGGACCAAGGCCAGGCAGCCAACAUGCUGUGUGUGGUGGUGAACAACAUGGAGCAGCUGCGGCUGGUGAUCGGCAAGCUGCCCACCCAGCUGGCCUGGGAAGCGCUGGAGCAGCGGGUAGUGGCUGUGCUGGAGCAGGGGCAGCUGCAGAACACGCUGCAUGCCCAGCUGCAGAGCGCGCUGGCUGGGCUGGGCCAUGAGAUUCGAACUGGAGUCCGUACCUUAGCCGAACAGCUUGAGGUGGGCAUUGCCAAGCACAUCCAGAAACUUGUGGGCAUCAAGGAGUCUGUCCUGCCUGAGGAUGCCAUUCUGCCCCUGAUGAAGUUCCUGGAGGUGGAGCUCUGCUACAUGAACACCAACUUGGUGCAGGAGAACUUCAGCAGCCUUCUGACCCUGCUCUGGACGCACACGCUCAUGGUGCUGGCGGAGGUGGCUGCCUCCCAGCGGAGCUGUCCCCUGGCCUCCCGCAGGCUGAAGAUUGCACUACAGAACCUGGAGAUCUGCUUCUACGCCGAGGGCUGCGGUCUGCCGCCUGAGGCCCUGCACACGGCCACCUUCCAGGCGCUGCAGAGGGACCUGGAGCUGCAGGCAGCCUCCAGCCGGGAGCUCAUCCAGAAGUACUUCUGCAGCCGCAUCCAGCAGCAGGCGGAAACCGCCUCCGAGGAGCUCGGGGCCGUCACGGUCAAGGCUUCCUACCGCGCCUCCGAGCAGAAGCUGCGCGUGGAGCUGCUCAGCGCCUCCAGCCUGCUGCCCUUGGACUCCAAUGGACCCCGACCAGCACCCCCGGGGAAGGCAGUGGACGUGUGGGCCCAGUACCUGCUUCGCCUGCUUCCAGGACUCCUCCCACUGCUUGAUGCCAGGAUGUUCCAGAAGCAAAUGCAUUUCAGACCAUCUGUCCUCAAGCAACACGAGUGCACCCACAUGACCACCGCUGUCCAAGUGGCGCUGAGGCUAUCUGCCUCAUCCCGGAGAGAGAACCUGGGACCAACGCGCCAGCUCAACCCCGUCCAGCAGCAAGCUCUGCUCGUGCCUCUCCUCCCGCUCAGGCGGCAUCUCCUCUCGUGGAAAGGAGCCCCUUCCUCAGGGAGCCAGAUCCAGGUCAGGUCCCUCUAUUACUCUGAAUCACAGCACCCAGCCUGCUGCUUCCCCCAAGAGUGACGCCUCUGCCCUCCAGAGACCAUGGCUCGGCGCCAGCAGGGACUGCUGAGCUCACCUUGUCUCCCUAAAACUGCUCGAUAACUACACGGGGAAAGGAAUGAGAGGCCAGCAAGUCGGACUACAGCUAAGACGCCUCCGGGACAUGUAACACCAAGCACCUGAGGCUGACGGCGGCGUCCACAUAAACUGUCAAGGUGCCUCGAAAUCCACACGCGGCCCCGACCUCUGGAGACCGGGGAAGCGCCCAAACCUGGCCGGAAUGUCAAAGGGAGCCCGGAGGCUCAGGUUCAGGGUGACCAGGAUGCCCAGCCGCCCUUGGGGGAGGGUAUUUCUGAUCUCCUUGCACAUCUGCUGCUGGGGGAGGGAAAGAGCAGCAGCCGGGGGGGGGGGGGCCCGCCUUAUGCCCCGUCGGCUCAGGGAACAUCCGCGAGUCAGGGCCGGCCACCGUGGGGGAGCCUGCCAGUCUCCGCGUGGUGCUUUGAGGCCCUGGGCUCUGACGUGCCCUCUAGAACCCCCGUCCAAAAAUUUCUAGGGCUGUGUUCGGCAAACAGGCUUUGGGGCUCGAGCCGGGUCUCGGUGGUGCUUCUGCCUGCCGGGAAGGCCACCCUGUGCCGAGGGUGCGCCUGUUCAGGCUUGGCCUCCAGGAGCUUGGGGUGAGUGGCGGUUCCGAGGCCACGCUCCUCACUGGGCACUGGCCCUGUGCCUGGCACUUCACUCAUUUCAUUUAAGCCUCGACCACCUUACGAGGUGGGCGCUGCCGUUCUACCCACGUACAGCAGAGGCUAAGGCCGAGAGGGUCAGUCACCUGGGCGGGUUCGCGCAGCUAAGAGAGUCGCCUCGCGCCCAGAGCCCCUGCUCUCACCUCCACUCUGAACUGCCUCCAGCCGUGGACAAAGCGGCCACGGCGUGUUCCUAAAGCCCCGAUUCCUGCCCCAGGUCGCAGAGAGCCAAACCCUCUUACCCAAAGAUCCAUGUGAUGCUGAGGUCCCCAAAAACGUGUUUUCUGACUGGCUCAGGUGGCCCUGGGGCUGCUGCAGGAAAUGCGAGGAGAGGCUGACGGGAGGGGACGGGGAUGCGGAGUGGAAGGAGGCGGAGCUGCCCAGGGAGCCAGGGAUGUUCACGGGUGCGGAGCUCUGCAGCAAACUGCCGCCUGCGAGAGAGGCCGAGGGCGGCCCAGUGAGGGCGGGGCAGGCCGCGUGGGGCCACGCUGAGCAGGGGGCGGCUCUCUGCCAGCCUGGAGCCCAGGAGCGCCCCCCCCGCCACCCCCGCCCGGUGAGUACCGACGGUGAUGCUGCCCGGGUGGGGCACGGAGCUGCUGUCGAAGGUCUUCUCUAAGGCGGCCACCCCGAACUCAUUCAGGUCCAGGUCAUCCAGGGCAGACUCUGGAGGCAGAGGGACGGGAGGAUGAGCUUCCCCGCCUCGCAAGGGGCCACACAGUCCCGAGGUGCCUCUCGGACCCACCCGCCCUCUCCCGCCUCAUCUCUGGCCCCCGCUGCAUCUUCCAGCUCAGUCCCACCGGACCUGAGCUCUCUUGAGCCUCUGCCUGCACUCGGGCUGCUCCUCUGCCACCACUGCCCCCCCGCCCUCUCCCACCCCCCAGCCACGUCCGGCUCCAACGGCUCUUCCUGAAACUUUCUCUGACCCCCCCCCCCACAGGAACUGGGUCCUAAGCCGGGGUCCCUGCCUCUGACAGAGGUCUUGUCCCCUGAUGUUACCACUCGUAUGUUUCACCCCUGAGCUCACUGAGGGCAGGUAGGUCUCUGGGCCCUCAGUGGCUAGUACAAAGCAGUUGCUCAACAAAUUCCCACUGCGCUCUGAUGAACUGGACUGGGAGGGCAGAAACAGUGUCCCUCCCCGAGGGCAGGAAGAGCAUGUCUUCAUUUCUGUCACCCCAGUGCCUCUGACAGGACCUGGUAGAAAGUGGCACCCAUAAGUGACUGCUGAAAGAGAAAGGCAGUGGCUUCUAAUGAGGACCUGAGGACAGCUG